AUGCUUAUAUCCCCUCGCUGUCACCCGCAUCUCUGCACUCCCUGCACUCUCGCAUCCCGCUCUUCCCGCAUAUUCUUCGCUCUCUGCCCAGCAAUCAUCAUCAUCCAUGCACCGUGCACCAUCGACCUAACAUACCACAUCUCAUCCCGUUCCCGCAUAUUUAUCCCUCUUGAUUAUUCCUCCGUCUGGCCGCGGCUACCGGUUUUCGAUUUUCCUUUUCGUUCUCCUGAAGUGUACCACUACCUCUGCGACGACUACGACCUCAACCACGACGUACCCCUUCAUGCCAUGUCAUUUCUGUUCUGUUGUUUUUGA